CAGUAGUAAAUGUAUUUUUUGUCGGAACUAAAUUUUGAAAUUGUUGUAAAAUAUGGCACAACGAAACAGUGGCUCCAUAAGCUCCAAUCGUCCACGUACGAGUGUAAAAAAUGUGCAGACUUUUCUCCCGCCAACAGUUGAUCUCAAUAAGAUUAUCAAUCAGCUGGCUAGUUGUGAUAAUCCCGGCCGAGGCGUUAAUCUACACGAGAGUCAUGUACGAUUUGUGUGUACGGAAGCGAGAGCAAUCUUUCUGAAAGAGAAAUCGCUGUUGGAGAUCAAGCCGCCGGUGAAGAUAUGCGGGGAUGUGCACGGCCAGUUUGGGGAUCUGUUGCGCAUUAUGCAGUCGACCGGCUAUCCGCCGGACACCAGAUAUCUGUUCCUGGGCGAUUAUGUGGACCGUGGCAAGCAGUCCAUUGAGACGUUUACCCUGCUGCUGGCCUUUAAGGUGCGCUAUCCGCAACUGAUUUGGCUGCUACGCGGCAAUCAUGAGUGCGCCAGCAUCAAUCGCAUCUAUGGCUUCUACGAUGAGUGCAAGCGUCGGUAUUCGGUGAAGCUGUGGCGCUACUUUGUGGAUACCUACGACUGUAUGCCCCUGGCAGCAUUGGUGGGUGGCCGCAUCUUUUGCGUCCAUGGCGGUCUGAGUCCCAGUCUUAAAAGCUUUCAGGACAUAGUGGCCAUCAAGCGGCCAAUUGACAUACCAGAUCAGGGGCUUGUAUGCGACCUACUCUGGAGUGAUCCGGAUGAAAAGGUCCUCGGCUGGAGUGGCAAUGAUCGUGGUGUAAGCGUCACCUUUGGUGCUGAUGUCGUUAAGAACUUCUGUUAUCGCAUGGGCAUCGAUGUUAUUUGUCGUGCCCAUCAGGUUGUCGAGGAUGGCUACGAGUUCUUUGCCCGUCGUCAGCUUGUAACUGUCUUCUCAGCACCCAACUACUGCGGCAUGUUCGACAAUGCGGGCGCCAUUAUGGUUGUCAAUGAUGAUUUGAUUGUCAGCUUUGUAAUAUUGCGUCCGACAUAUUCGGUGCAAAACUCAAUAGGCCAUUCGCAGCCAUUGCCGGCAUUGGGCAAGAAUCGAAACUAUUAGCCAACUGAAAAUUAUUUCGCACUCUUAAGCUGUUUUGAAUUCAAAUCAAGUAUUCCGGAAUCCCCAGGUGUGGUCUAUCUUUUACAAUUCGAAAAAUAUAAGGAUAAUCAUUUUAUAAAUUGUAUGUUUGUGGCAGUCACACACGAAUUAUAUAUAGACUUCUUUUUGCUAAC